AUGACCAUGGCCGCCCUCUGCGGCGCCGGCGGCCUCUUUGGCUACACGCGCACGCGCUCCGUGCCCUCGCUCGUCGCCGGCCUCGGCGUCGGCGCGCUCUACGCCUACAGCGCACAGCGCAUGCGCACCGGCCAGGCCAACGGCCACGAGCUGGCCCUCGGCGCCUCGGCCGUGCUGCUCGCGUCGUCGGUGCCGCGCAUCCGCGCCGGACCCGUGCCGCUCGGCCUCGCCGUCGCCAGCGCCGCCGCGGGCGCCUACUACGGCAAGCAGGUGUACGACUAUCGCGUGUAG